GGGAGAGCUUGAGAGCAACAACAGACAUGAGCUUUACCAUCGAGGAGAGGGGCAGGCCGAACACCAAAGAGUACAGGGUGUAUUUUAAAAACCCUGAGGGAAAAUACAUCUCUCCGUUCCAUGACAUACCCAUCUACGCAAAUGAAGCAGAGAAUAUUUUUCAUGCUGUUGUGGAGGUUCCAAGAUGGACAAAUGCAAAGAUGGAGAUUGCCACCAAAGAUCCUCUCAAUCCACUGAUACAAGAUAUAAAGAAGGGGAAUCUCCGUUAUGUAGCGAAUGUGUUUCCUCACAAAGGCUACAUCUGGAAUUAUGGAGCUAUUCCACAGACAUGGGAAGAUCCAAACCACAAGGACAGCGACACAGGUUGCUGUGGAGACAAUGAUCCUAUUGAUAUAUGUGACAUAGGAGAUAAGGUGUGCUCUCGAGGAGAAAUAAUCAAAGUGAAGGUGUUAGGAACUCUGGCUUUGAUCGAUGAGGGAGAAACAGACUGGAAGGUCAUUGUGAUCAAUACUGAGGAUCCUGAAGCCGCCGACUUUAACGAUAUUAAUGAUGUAAGACGACUAAAGCCUGGAUACCUGGAGGCAACUGUUGAUUGGUUCAAAAGAUACAAAGUCCCAGAUGGGAAACCUGAAAACCAGUUUGCUUUCAACGGAGAGUUCAAGGACAGGGACUUUGCCAUUGAAACAGUAAAGAGCACCAACGAGUUUUGGAAGGCGCUGAUUUCUAAGAGGACAAAUGCUGGCGAGUUAAAUUGCAUGAACACCAGUGUCUCAGAUAGUCCGUUCUGCUGCUCUGCUGGGGACGCAGAAGCUGUGGUUAAGUCUGCGAGCGCUUUUGGAGCCGAAGAUCCAAUUCCAGGUUCAGUGGACAAAUGGUUCUACUAUGAGAACUAAGAGGAUAAAUCCUGGGCUGAAACCUUCCUUCACUUCCUCAUCGCUUCAUCUGAUUUCAACACAUCAGAGCAGUACACGGACGGGAUGGAUUGGAUUAAUGUUUCAUGUCACAUUUACCUGCUUCUUUGUUCACACUUGAGAUGUCUGAUGCUGUUUAAACCUACUUGUUGUGUGGUUGUGAGACAAUAUUACAUUUAAGAUAUCAGAUAGUCACCUAUCAUUUCAGGAUUGAAGAAACAUCACAAUAAACUACACUUAACCCC